GGCAGCAGGCCUCCGGAAGGAGGAGGAGGAUGGAAGCGUGGCGCUGUGUGAGGAGGGGCUACAGCCGCUGUGCAGUGGGAAGAGGCCGAUAUCCCAUGUUACCCUAUCACCUGCAGAGCCUGGGCAGAGACAGGAUUGCGUCAUGGGAUAUUUCUCAAAGAUUUUGCUGGAACAGACACAUCUCUAGUUGUAUGAGGUGGCCUGGAAAUUAUUCUUGGGCUCCUUAUCCAUACUUCAGCAGUCAGCAUUGUCCACUAAAUUGGAGGCCACCUUGUUUGUUUCUACCUAAUCGAAGUCAGUUUCAGUACUGGAAUUGGAGACCUGACAACUUUACACAUACAUCUUUGUUUCACCUUUCUAGUUACAUCAUGAACUCUGAGGAAGAUAAACCAGCAUCAAAACGUCGAAAAUCCCAAGGGGUGAUAAAGCGGCAUUGGGAAUACCUCUGUCACCAUAAUAAAGAAAACAUGAAGAUCCUAGGAGAUAAACAUGUUGACCAAAAAUAUAAAGAUGAGAAGGAAAAAUUUGAGUUUUCAGUCAUGUCCUAUAACAUCCUUUCACAGGAUUUAUUGGAGGAUAAUUCAUAUCUCUACAGACACUGCCGAAAGCCAAUCUUGAUCUGGGGCUUUAGAUUUCCCAAUAUACUAAGAGAAAUUAAACAUAUGGAUGCUGAUAUUCUUUGUUUGCAAGAAGUACAAGAAGAUCAUUAUAGAAAAGAGAUCAAGCCAAAUUUGGAAUCAUUGGGAUAUCAUUGUGAAUAUAAAAUGCGGACAGGAAGGAAACCUGAUGGUUGUGCCAUUUGCUUCAAAUGUUCCAAAUUUACACUAUUGUCAGCAAACCCUGUGGAAUUUUACCGUCGUGAUAUACCUCUAUUGGACAGAGACAAUGUUGGACUAGUAUUACUCCUGCAGCCCAAAUUUCAUUGUACUGCUUCUCCUAUAUGUGUCGCUAACACACAUCUGUUGUAUAAUCCAAGGCGAGGUGAUAUUAAAUUGACUCAGUUGGCUAUGCUACUAGCAGAGAUUUCCAGUGUUGCCCAUCAGAAAGAUGGCACUGUCUGUCCCAUCAUUAUUUGUGGUGACUUUAAUUCAGUUCCUGGCUCUCCACUCUACAGUUUUAUAAAGGAAGGAAAAUUGAAUUAUGAAGGACUUGCCAUAGGAAAAGUUUCUGGUCAGGAACAAUCUCCCCGGGGACAAAGAAUUUUGUCUAUUCCAAUAUGGCCCCCGAGUCUGGGUAUUUCACAGAAUUGUGUCUAUGAGAUACCACAGGUAACAAGAGUAGAAAAGGCAGAAGAGGAUGAUAUGACACAAAAACAGUUGGAAAAAACAGAAGUCCUCAUAGCAGCUGAAAAAUUAUCUUCAAACUUACACCACCAUUUUAGUUUAUCAUCUGUAUAUUCACAUUAUCUUCCCAACACUGGAAUUCCAGAAGUGACAACUUGUCAUUCAAAAAAUGCUGUAACGGUGGAUUAUAUUUUCUACUCAACGGAAAAGGAAUCUAUUAACUCACAGCAAGGAAAUGAAGUUGCUUUAGUUGGUGGCUUGAAACUUCUAGGUAGACUGUCACUUCUUACAGAAGAAGACUUAUGGACUGUUAAUGGACUUCCUAAUGAAAAUAAUUCCUCAGAUCAUCUACCCUUACUGGCCAAGUUCAGGCUUGAACUCUGACAUUGUUUCUUUCAUACAAUCUUCUUUCUUAUUAUUCCAUUCAAGGAAUAACAGUUUGCAUGCUGAUUUUAUGUGUAUAGUUUCUCCAGACAUGGUGUUAAAUAAUUAUAGUAAUUUGUGAUUCCACAAAAUAUAGAUCUAAAGUUUUACAUUAAUAUCCUUUUUUAUAAACUAUGUGCCAGACUAGUAAGAAAAUGGCAUUUUUUUUCAGAGAUGUAAAUGCUUUUUAUUGUAUAUUUCAGUAAAAAUGACAAGUUCUUAAAAACAAUUCACUUUCUAUAGUUGUUUUAGUAAAAAGUUGCACAUAUUUGAAGCAAGCUUUGUUUUGAGUUAAAAGUAACUUUCCUUUGAUUUUGGUGAACAGUGUUCUUUCAGACUACAUCUAGUUAGCUACC